AGCGUGCGCGCUGAGCGCUGCGGAGUGCCGGGCGGCACCAUGGCGGGCGGCGCCGCUCCGCCGGCUGCGCUGCUCCGCGCCAUCAACGCGCUCCUCCUGCAGCGCCGCUACCGCGCCGCGCUCGCCGUCCUCAAGGGCUUCCGCAACGGGGCCGUGUAUGGAGCAAAGAUUCGUGCUCCGCAUGCCCUGGUGAUGACUUUCCUGUUCAGGAGUGGAAGUUUAAGAGAGAAAUUGAAAGCGAUUGCUCAGGCCACGUACACUCAUUCCCGGAACUUGGCGUAUUUUGUGUUCACCUACAAGGGGCUGAUGGCGUUGCAGUCCCGACUACAGGGGAAAAAAAUUCCAUUUCAUUCUUUCUUUGCAGCCUGCAUUGGGGGUUGGUUAGUGUUCGGUGAGAACAAUCCCAUCAACAGCCAGAUCAUUAUGUACCUGCUGUCUCGAAUCCUGUUUGGCUUGUCUCGGCUGGCCGUGGAGAAGGGCUACAUCCCACAGCCCAGGCAGGAUCCCUUCCCACUUGUCGCUGCUCUGGUGUGGGGAACGGUUCUCUGGCUCUUUGAAUACCACCGGCAGACCCUGCAGCCUUCUCUGCAGGCCUCCAUGACCUACCUGUAUGAUGACAGCAAUGUGUGGCACGACAUUUCUGACUUCCUCAUUUAUAACAAAAAGCCUGAGAGCAAAUAGUCGGCUCGUUGUACAACGGAUGGUGCCUUCCAGCAGCUGAGGGAAAAGGUGGUUCUCUUGCUCUUGACUGAUGAACGUGUUUAAAUUAACACCUAUCAAGGAGAGUUGCCUCUUGUGUCCUCAUCAAAAUAUUCUUAUUAAUCUUCUGUUAGCUCUGUUUAGAGCUAGUAAAUACCCCACGGAAACUUAUUACAGUGCCUCAGGGAGAGUGAAAUGCCUUGGGAACCUUCAGUAAAAUCAGUCUUUUUUUAAAGA